AGCUCACAGUAUAACCACAUGUCUCAGUCGACCUUCUUCUCAUUUGUCCACACUUCUCCGUCCACUCCACCAUGCAGCACGCAAACAACAUGGGCACCGCCAACAUCACCGCCAACAUCACCACAGCAGACGUUUUCCUAGAGAUGAGGGUGACCAGUGCCGUGCUGGGCAUCUGCUUCGGCCUUGGCGUCCCUGGCAACCUGCUUGUGCUGGCCAUCCUCAGGCGCAGGCUAGCGGAGGGGAGCUUCACGCUGUGGCUGAUGAUGAACCUGGCCGUCUCGGACCUUCUGACUCUCCUCACUCUGCCCGUCUGGAUCUACACCCUUUUGCAUGGCUGGAGUCUGGGCUUGGCGGCCUGCAAGCUCCUGUCCUACGUGGUGUACUGGAGCAUCUACACCAGUGUCCUGUGCGUCACUCUGUUGAGCGUGCAGCGCUACGUCCAGGUGCUCUACUCGCAGCGCUGGGCCGAGCUCGGCCUCGCCCGCCGUCGAUGGUGGCUCCUGGGAGCUGUGUGGAUCACCGGGGCCGUCGUCUCGUUGUAUGCGCUGGUUCAGAGGGAGGUGCAGUGGCUGGAGUCGGACGGGAAGCUGCACUGCCUCCCGCGCUACCGCAGCCAAGGGGAAAUGGUGGGCACGCUGCUCACAGAGAGCCUGCUGUUGUUCUUUGUGCCGUUCUCCACUAUGGCCUGUCUGUACUUUAUCCUGCACAGGCGUGUGACGAGGAAGCUGAGUGUUCGUUCGGGGCAGCCCUGCAGAAUGAAGAAGCUGGUGGUCAGCAUCAUUGUGUCGUUUUUCCUCUUCUCCAUUCCGAUUCACCUCAACAACCUGCUUACCGUGGUUGCCAUGUCCAGGGGUUCACGUGACCUCCAGCAGCUGUGCAAGGUCACUGAGGACGUUGCCGGGGCGAUGACCUUCUUCAACAGCUGUGUGAACCCCUUUCUCUACGCCUUCUCGCAUCGAGCACUGCGCAUAGCCAAAGCUGAACCCCAAAACCCAGCACAGCUCCUAGAGGCAACAGGGUCCUCCAAUCUGUAGACGUGGUGCCCCAAUAAUGUCUCCAAGUAUGUAAUGCUAUCUGGGAACGCAAUUAGCAUACGAACUCACUAUUUUCAGAGGUAAACAUUGAAGACCUACUGGUACUUUCCAAUAUAAGAUGACUUGAUUUAAGUCCUGGGUGUUAAUUUAUUGUUGCAUUUAUUGUUAUCAUAUUUUGCAGUAGUCAACAUGACUAUAGAUUCUGUUUUAUACAUUAUAGACAUUGUUGAGAAUGUUUGUAUGACACUUAUAAACUUGAAUACAGUUCAGUGCACUUGUUAAUGUAUAGUGAAAGAUUAAAUGUAAUAAUAAAUAUAUAAUUGUUGCCAGGUUUGUUCCACACCGGACUAUAGUUGAACCAUCAGGGUU